ACAGACAAUUGAUAGAUCAAUUGCCUCCAAGAUUCGACAAUCACCUUAUAGAUAUAGUACACUAAUUACUUAAUUUUAUAAUUCGACAGAAUUAGAAUCCCUCUACCUUUCCGUCGUAUGAUGAAUAAAUAUAUGCAGAAGAAGAGCUUCAUGAAGAUGAGAACACAAGCAUAGUGGACUUGAAAUUUGUCUGAGGCAUAGUGCGGUAGCAAUGGAACCAAAGCUAGGCGGCUCUCUUCCGGUGCCUAUUGUGCAAGAACUGGCCAAGGAGAAACUAGCAACGGUUCCUCCAAGAUACGUGCGCCCAGAUCAACAUCAACAGACAAUUCUCUCUACUCUUUCUUCCUUGCCUCAAAUCCCUGUCAUCGAUAUGCAGAAGUUAUUAGACAAAUACUCAGUGGAUUCUGAGCUUGAAGCCCUGAAUCAUGCAUGCCAAGAAUGGGGUUUCUUUCAGUUGAUCAAUCAUGGGGUGGACUCCACUGUGGUGGAGAAAAUGAAGUUAGAAGUCCAAGAAUUCUUCAAUCUUCCAAUAGAAGAAAAGAACAAGUUCAUGCAAAAGGAAGAGGACAUAGAGGGCUAUGGGCAAGCCUUUGUUGUAUCAGAAGAGCAAAAGCUUGACUGGGGUGACAUGUUUUUCGUCGGAACCUCACCAACAUACCUCAGAAAGCCUUACUUAAUUCCCAAGCUUCCUCCUACUUUCAGGGACGCCAUAGAAUUGUAUGCAUCAGAACUGAAAGUUCUUGCCAUGAAGAUUCUAAAGCUAAUGGCAAAAGCCUUGAACAUAAAAGCUGAAGAAAUGAAUACGCUGUUCGCAGAAGGGGUUCAAUCGAUGAGGAUGAAUUACUAUCCUCCGUGUCCGCAACCGGAGCUUGUCACGGGUCUCUGCCCACACUCCGAUGCAGUCGGCCUCACCAUUCUCCUCCAAGCAAACGAAAUGGAGGGCCUCCAGAUCAAGAAAGAUGGAGCCUGGAUUCCCGUUUCUCCACUCCCUAAUGCAUUCGUCAUCAAUAUCGGGGAUAUCUUGGAGAUUUGGACGAAUGGGGCAUACAGGAGCAUCGAGCAUCGAGCAACUGUCAACUCCACAAAGGAGAGGCUCUCCAUCGCCACAUUUCUGAGCCCCAACAUGGACGGUCAUCUGGGCCCGGCGGCAAGCCUUGUCACUCCUCAGACUCCAGCAAAAUUCAAGACGAUUGCGGUGGCUGAAUAUUUCAAGGGACUCAUCUCGCGGGAACUCGUCGGGAAAUCAUACGUCGACCUCAUGAGGAUUUAGAAUUUUAGAUUGAGCUAUAGUGUCUCUAUAUAUAAAUAUAUGAAAGUUAAUAACUGAUGUAAUGAUUUUGAAUUUUGAACUAAUUAAUUAAAUCUCGGCAAUUUUAGAAUAAUGUGCAGUGUAUAUAACUAACUGAUUAAUUGUAGUUU